AUGAAGCUUGAAUGUAUGAUGGAUUGUGGCUACAAGGCUGGAGAUGUUGUGAAAGCUAAUUAUACAUUUAAGAAAGACAAAAAUGAAGAUUUACCGUUUCGCAAAAAUGACACACUGGAAAUAAUUAAUAUUGGCAAGGAUCCUAACUGGGCUCAUGCUAAGAACACUCUUGGGGAAACUGGACUAAUACCUUUGAAUUAUGUACAGAGGAAGAGCGAUGCUUUGGAGAACCUUCAAAACCACGAUUGGUAUCAUGGACGGAUUUCUCGUGCAGAAUCAGAAAGUUUACUAUCUGGUAGUCCUGUUGGUAGUUUCUUAAUUCGUGAGUCGGAUUUGUAUAGUGGUGAUCUAACAUUAUGUGUUGUUGGACCUCCGUGUGUAACAGCGAGCUCUGAUAUCAUCAAUGAGUGUCAUGGUUCUUCAGUUACGCCUUCAUCAGAUACUACAACAACAAAUGUACAACACUAUCGAAUAGUGCGUAGACCUUUCAGAUCUGUUAAUUCUAAGCAACACUUUGAAUAUUCCACAACAACAAGUUCGAUUUGCAGCAAAAUUCACUACACUUUAGAUGAGACUGAUUGGUUUUCGAGUCUUUUAGAACUUGUUCAGUUCUACUCUCAGCCUAAGCGUGGACUGGUUUGUGAACUUCAUCAUCCAGUUCCAGAUAUGCAAAGGAAACGAUUGAGUCAUUUGCAGAAACUCGGUUAUCUCAUCUUUCGUAAAGACAUUGUAUUGGGUGAUCGUAUUGGACGCGGCGAAUUCGGUGAGGUUUUAAAAGCCACAUAUCUUGGUCGACAGGUCGCUGUAAAAAUUUAUAAAAAGACUGCAUCUAAAUUGGCUAUAACGUAUGAAGCAUCACUUAUGAUAAAGAUAAAUCAUCCUAAUCUAGUCUCAUUUAUUGGUUUAGUCUAUGAACCAGAUGAUGCAGUCUAUUUGGUCACAGAGUAUUUGGCCAAUGGAAGCCUGUUAACUUAUUUACACUCACGUACACGUGAUGAAAUUACAGAAUUGACAAAAUUGAAAUUUAGCAUUGAUGUUUGUCGUGGUUUAGUUUAUCUUGAAGAACGGGAUUUUAUUCAUCGAGAUAUUGCUGCUAGAAAUGUUUUGUUAUCUGGACAAGUGCCGAAUUUAAUCGCUAAAGUUGCAGAUUUCGGUAUGGCUAGAGAUCUUCACGAUCUAUCAACUAUCGGCUCGAUAUCACAUCAACCCAAGUCGAGUAAUACACCAACAUUGGUAAUCAGAAAUUUUUUACUGACAGAUACAGUGGAAAAAUAUCCUCCUAUACAUCAUGAUGGUCAUCAUCAGUCUACUGAGGUGAGCACAUCACCAGCGUCAUUAAAUCCAAUGGUAUUACACGAUAAUGCAGCAAUCCCCUUGAAAUGGACAGCUCCAGAGGCUAUACGCGACCGAUUGUUUACAACAAAAUCUGAUGUUUGGAGUUUUGGCAUUCUAUUAUGGGAGAUCUAUUCCUAUGGGCGUAUACCAUAUCCACGAAUGAUGGCUAACCAAGUAUUACGUCAUAUUGAAUCUGGAUAUCGAAUGAAAUCACCUGAAGAUUGUCCAUCAACAGUCUAUGCUAUAAUGUUGCAUACAUGGCAAAAUGAACCAAAUAAUCGGCCAAGUUUUGUAGAGAUUUUAAGUGAACUCAUCCAAUUGUACAAUACAUCUACAUCGAUGUCAACAACAAUGACGUCAACAACCACUGCUGUUGCUGUUGCUGCCACUACUACUACUCUGCCUUCUACCAUCAGUAUAUCAAAUCCUACUUCUAUCGGUGUUACAAUGACACUUCAACCAUCACCACCACCUCGUAAUGUUCCUUCCCCAUCGUCUUCCACUAGUAUUCCUGCUUUUCCUAGUUGUCCCAUUGUAGACUUAAGAAAAGCAACGAAUGAAUUGAGUAAUCGUGUAUUGUUGAAUAGCAGUAGCGAUAGGAAAACGCCGGUUAACUACAAUACUGCUACUACUACUAGUAACAAUAAUAAUAAUAGUAGUAGUCGAAUAACAAAAAAACAGCAAACGGAUAACGCCUCCAAUCGGCAUAGACAUAUUCGACCGAGAACACUAGCUGAAUUGGUAGCUGAACCAUCACUAUCAACAUAUCAUAAUGAAAUGGUGAAUUCGAAAUCGCCUAGUCGACCUACGUCAACAAUGAGUCGUUCAUUCAUUGUGACUACAAAACAACCGAAAAAUACAACAAAUCAUAAGCUGUCCAAAACACCAGAUGAGUCGAAACUACCCUCUGCACCAUUGGAACGUUUAAAACUAUGA